CUUAGUUACGUGCUUGUGUUUAAUCAAUAUUUUAGUGUCAACGUUCGCUUAAUACAUACACAUUUAAUAUUUAUUUUUUAAUUUAUUUUACAAAGUAAUGGCUCCAAAAAAGGAUAAAGGCAAAGAGGAUGGAAAACCAUCAGGAGGUGGUGGCGGUGGAUUCACUGAAGUGGAGCGAACAUUCCUAGAACUUCAGGUUACAGACUGUAAUCGUAAGAUCGCAAGGCUUCGAACUGCUGUAGAUGAAUAUGAACAGCGUAAUGAGGAGCUUCAAAAAGCCUACGACAAACUGGACGAAGACAGAGCUGAUAUUAUUGCUUACCUCAAAAAAACUCUCAAUAACAAAAACGAGGAAAAUAACGAAUUAAAAGAGAAAGUAAAAGGAUUAGAAGAGACGAGAGAAAUAGAGACAGCGCAAUUUAAAGAAACUGUUAAUGAUUUGGAGCGAAAUUUCACCAUUAUGAAAGACCAAUUAACAUCGGAAAAUAAACUUUUAGCUGGUAAACUCAAUACCUUGGAGGAAUUUCGUGCAAUACGGGAUGAUUUGAUGAGAAAGUUUGAUAAACAAGAGCAAGACUUUAAAGACCAGGAAAUGAAAUACAAACGAGUUAUCUAUGAUGCAGAAAAAAAGUUCGUUAUUGGUAAAGACAAGCUGAAAAAAGAAAUGGAAGGUCGCCUUCUGCAGCUUGCACAAGAUUUUCAAGAUGCUACAGAACUUAGAAUUGCUGCUUCAACUCACAGAGUGAUAAGAGAGAAUAUAGCAAUUAAUAAUGAGUUAGACAACAUUCUAUCAACUCAAGCAAAGAUAGCUGAACAAAAUGAAAAGUAUAAAGAAAAUGAAAGAGCAGCUCGUGUAGCAAAGGAACUAGCUGAAGAAGAAAGAGAUAAAGCUAUAAAUAAGAAUGUUAUUCAAGUCAAAGUCAUUGAUCAACUGACGCUUGCUUUUCAAGAAUUGCAAAAAGAAAAGGGUCUUUAUGAAAAGAAAAGCUUUGAUUUUGAACUAUUACAAGAAAAAAUACAAAAAUUAACAAAAGACAACGAUAACUUAUCAUUACAAGUAAGAAUUUUAGAGCAAAACCUUCACUCUAGGAUGUCUGCUGAAAAUAAAGCUACUGCAGAAGCUUCAAAAGUAUAUAAAGAAUGUGAAAAAUUAAAGAAAAUAUUAUCUGAAGCUGCCGUAGCUGUUCAAGCUGCUCUCAAAUUGGAUGAUUGGGCGACAAAAGAUCCCUCGAGAGAAAUUAUGGAUCGUCAAAUGUUGCUUGCAAGAUUACUUGAUAUUAUAUCUCAAUAUCACGAUAUGCAACGAGCAGAGUCAAUGGACACUUUAGCCUCUUUUGGCAAAGUUUACGAAGAGGGCGACCUUGGAUUUAUGCCAAAACCAGCAGCAAAGAAGGCGGCUAUCCCAACUGUAUUCUCUGCUGCUUCAAGGGAAUCUAUUAAAGCCGAGAAACGCUCGUCGGAAGCUAUGUCUGUCACUUCAGCUUCAUUAAGCAGCAUUAAGACUAUUCCAAGUAUGAAACUGGUACCACCGUCUACGGAACCGGUUCCACUCGUGCCAAAAGAUAGUCUUCCAUCAUUUAUCACUUCCUCGCAGUCAUCCGUAAGUGAAAGUGUUGAAGCUGAGGAGGUACCAGAAAGUGAGAUGAGUAUUGGCCAGAAACUCGAGCAGAGUAAGAUUGAGAUUCAGAAGUCAAUAUUAAAAGAUCUGCAGUACUCUCAGGCUGCUUUUAUAUCACAAGCAAGAUUGUCAACGGAAAAGAAAUCAGUAAUAUUCGAAGGUGAAGAAGCUGAAGGUGAGCAUAAGGAAGGUGAUGAGAUGGAAGGGGAACAUAAGGAAGGUGACGAGAUGGCAGGGGAACACGUGGAAGGAGAACACGUAGAAGGUGAAGAGACUAGUGCGGGGGAUAAACCCGACCAAGAAGGUGCUCAAGAUGAACAAGCAGCUGACGAACAGACCGAAAAAACUGAAUAGUUAUUGUGUAAUAUAUUUUUUUGUAGUUAGUGUUAUAAUAUCAUUGGAAAAUGUUUUUAAUUUAAUAAAUAACAAGAUCAUU